AUGAAGCUGAUCCUGUGGUUGGGAGCUUUGCUUGGGGUCACCUGGAGCCUGGAAACCUUUGUAGGUGACCAGGUUCUCCACCUGAAGCCGUGCAACGAGGAGCAGGUGGAUUUGCUGAAAGAAUUGGGAGGCCUGAAACAUCUCCAGCUGAAUUUCUGGCGUUCUCCUUCGCACCCCGAUGAACCCGUCGAUCUCCAGGUGCCCUUUGCUGGUCUCCAGGCUGUUAAAGUCUUUCUGGAGUCACACCAGAUUAAGUACUCCAUCCUGAUUGAAGAUGUGCAGGCCCUGCUGGAUGAAGAAUCUCGAGAGAUGCGCCUUAGCCGUCAACGGGAAGUUGGCCAGAAGAAUUUCAACUACGGCGCUUACCAUAACUUGGACACGAUUUACCGAGCGAUGGACAGUAUCGUGGCUGAGCACCCGCAGAUCGUGAGCAAACUCAAGAUUGGAGAGACCUAUGAAAAACGGCCUCUGUUUGUCCUCAAGUUCAGCACCGGGGGAAACAAACGCCCUGCCAUCUGGAUUGAUGCCGGCAUUCACGCGCGAGAAUGGGUGACCCAGGCCACGGCUCUUUGGACCGCUAAAAAGAUCGCUUCUGACUUUGGGAAAGAACCCUCACUGACCUCCCUCCUCAACAAAAUGGAUAUUUUCCUGCUGGUGGUUGCAAAUCCCGACGGAUACGUCUACUCUCACACCACAAAUCGUAUGUGGCGAAAAACCCGGUCCAGACGACCGGGCAGCCAGUGUGUUGGAGUUGAUCCCAACCGAAACUGGGAUGCGGGUUUUGGAGGACCCGGCGCCAGCAACGACCCCUGUUCCGAUUCCUACCGUGGACCUAGCGCCAACUCGGAAGUCGAAGUUCGCUCCGUUGUGGAUUUCGUCAAGAGGCACGGGAACGUCAAGGCCUUUAUCAGCAUCCACAGCUACUCCCAGCUUCUAAUGUACCCCUACGGCUAUAAAUGCACCAAGCCUAAAGACGCGAAAGAACUGGAUACGCUGGGAAAAUCAGCCGCUAACGCCUUGACGUCGCUGUACGGCACCCAGUAUAGAGUCGGGCCCAUCUGCUCAGUCAUUUACCAGGCCAGUGGUGGAAGCAUCGACUGGAGCUACGAUUACGGGAUCAAGUACUCCUUCGCCUUGGAGCUGAGAGACACGGGGCGCCACGGUUUCCUCCUGCCGGCCAAACAGAUCAUCCCCACCGCUCAGGAGACGUGGCUGGGGCUGAAAAAGAUCAUGGAGCACGUGCGUGAUCACCCCUACUGA